AACAUGAACCUCGUGGGCAGCUACGCACACCAUCACCACGCACACCCCGCGCACCCAAUGCUCCACGAGCCCUUUCUCUUUGGUCCGGCCUCUCGCUGUCACCAGGAGCGGCCCUACUUCCAAAGCUGGCUGUUGAGCCCGGCUGACGCUGCCCCGGAUUUCCCUGCUGGCGGACCACCACCCACAGCCGCGUUGGCUGCGGCUGCCUACGGUCCGGACGCCAGGCCAGGUCAGAGCCCCGGGCGGCUGGAGGCGCUCGGCGGCCGACUGGGCCGGCGGAAAGGCUCAGGACCCAAGAAAGAGCGGAGACGCACGGAGAGUAUUAAUAGCGCGUUCGCGGAGCUGCGCGAGUGCAUCCCCAACGUGCCAGCUGACACCAAGCUCUCAAAGAUCAAGACUCUGCGUCUAGCCACCAGCUACAUCGCCUACUUGAUGGACGUGCUGGCCAAGGAUGCACAGGCUGGAGACCCUGAAGCCUUUAAGGCUGAACUUAAAAAGGCGGAUGGCAGCCGCGAGAGCAAACGGAAAAGGGAGCUGCCGCAGCACGAAGGUUUUCCUCCUGCCCUGGGCCCAGGGGAGAAGAGGAUUAAAGGCCGCACCGGCUGGCCGCAGCAAGUCUGGGCGCUGGAGUUAAACCAGUGA